AUGCCUUUAAUUCCAACAUCAUCACGAACGCCCACUUUAUUUAUCGACAAGACAUCAAAAAUCCGCGAGGUGAAAGAGGCGGACGAAUUAGUUGAGACUAGCGAUUCAAAAAGUCUUCAUGGAGACAUGUUGAGCCCCAUAGUUCGAAGUACGCCGUCCAUCGAAAAUUGUUGGAGUUGCAAUUGGCCAGUCUUAGUGGCAGAGGAUCCGUCAGAAAUAUCAUCAUGUUCGACCCAAUUGUUAGUUCUGAAAAACGAGCUUCCCUUCACUACUUGGGAUGACAACAGCUUUGCAGUCGCGGCGAUGAAAGCAACCUGGUCGCUUAUCCUUCACGCAUACACUGGAACGGGAAGAAUCUGUUUUGGCUACAUGUCUCCUACCGAAAGCCCACAUAUAUUUGCAUGUGACCUUUCACAUAUCCAGACAUCGGCAAAGCUCAUAGAGUUGGCACAGGAAUCUCAAAGGAGACACAAUUUUCCUCUGCCAUCCAACGAGCUGGAGACAGACGUUUGCAACACAGCUCUGUCAGUCUUAUAUGAAGACGGCCCGAGCAUCACCGAGGCAUCUGGGCCACUUUUCAAGCAGGAUCUGAAGAAUGCCCUCUCAGCCAUAGUCCGCAUCCGAGAAGCGGAGAUAAUACUUGAUCUCAACCAUUCCCCUUCCCGCGUGCCUAUCGAGCUGGCUCGGCACGUGUCGCACACUUUCAAGACAAUCCUCCAAUCGUUCGUUAGGCAUCCGAGCCAGCCACUGUCCAAUAUCGAAAUGCUCAGCGAGCAGGACCAUCUGCAAAUAUCUCAAUGGAACGAGAACGUGCCACCAGUUCUUCACCAAAAACUUCACGAAGCCUUCACUCAAAAAGCGUUGGAUAACCCAAACGUUCCGGCUAUCUCGAGCUGGGAGGGGGAGUGGACAUACGCUGAACUAGAUCAUGCCUCCACCAACUUGGGCGAGCAUCUUGCUUUUUUGCACACCCGUUACUCAGCUUCUCAGACAGUUCUGUUAUGCUUUGACAAAUCAUGUGCCGGAAUCAUUGCAAUCCUUGCCAUUCUGAAAGCCGGUCUCACAUGUGUCCCCGUUGAUCCAGAAAGUGGUUUCAAGAAAGUUGUAGAGGAGGUCAACCCUCAGCUCCUCUGCACUUCACGGGCCCAAGCUGAUAGAUACACCGACUUUAACGGAGAAGUCGUGAUUGUUGAUGUGGAACUACUGCAUUCUCUCGAAGAAUCUGAGCAAACAUCAAAACUCCCUUUGCAGAGUAGCAACGAUGUCGCAUUCAUACAGUAUACUGGUGGAGUGACUGGAUCACCCAAGGGUGUGAAUCAAGGGCACACUGGCUUAUAUACGGGAAUUCUGGCGCAGAGUCAGGCAACUGGAUACGACGUCGAUUCAAGAGUACUGCAUUCAAACCUAUACAGUACAUCCGCAGGAAUCACCGAGGUUUUUGGGGCAUUUUUCUACGUCGCAUGUGUGGUCAUAGUUCCUGAGGAAGAAAGCCUCGAACUCGUCACUGAGAUGAUCAACGAGCAAAGAGUCACUCAUGCAUGCUUCACGCCCACCGAAGCCAGGAACUUGGAGCCCAUGGAUCUCUGGCAGCUCCGUACUGUUACACUUGCGGGUGAGGGAUUCAUGCAAGAGGACGUGGAGAAAUGGGGCCUGGAAACAGAAUUAAUCAGAACCUAUGGGACUGCAGAGACUUGUGUCCACGUCUCAGCAUCCAAAGCCCCAUCGCCAUAUCUUUUUGACCUCUUUAAUAUCGGAAACCCCUUCCUCGCAUCUUUUUGGGUGGUUGAGCAAGGGAACGUUCAAAAAUUGGCCCCUAUCGGUGCAGUGGGCGAGUUAGUGAUCGGUGGACCGACAUUGGCCCUUGGUUAUAUCGAAAGCACAGCAGAGACAUCAACAGAAUUUCUUGUCAACCCUAACUGGGCUAUUCCAAGUCGUGAAGGCUGCGAGCAGCGCUUCUUUACCACUGGUGAUCUUGUGAGGCAUCUCGGCAACGGCGAGUAUGUCUUUUGUGGACGAAAGAGGGGAACAAGCUACGAUGAAACAGAGUUUGACAACGCCAAUGAGCACAUCAGUCCAGAAAUCCCACCGCUUAGCCUCCUUGGCUCGAUUGAAUUGGCCGACGAAGCUAUGAAAGCAGCAGUGGCCAUAUGUGGCAUUAGUUCGGACAUGAUCGAGGACAUCUACCCUACCACCCCGAUGCAAGAGGGUUUGUUUGCUCUCUCAAGCAAGCAGAAAGGAGCCUUCAUGAAGCAAGAUAUCUUUGAAUUGCCUUCUAAUCUAGACAUUGGUAAAUUUUGCAGAGCUUGGUCAUCUACCAUUCAGCAAUUUCCAGUGUUGAGGACGAGGUUUUUCAUGACAGACUCUUUGCGCGUUCUGCAGGUCGUUGUCUCGGAAUCGCCAUCUUGCCAGGACGUCUCUGAUCUGCACUCAUAUCUGGAACAGGACUUGAAAAAACCCAUGCUCUGGGGAGAACCGCUUUUUCGAUAUGCGAUCUCCAUGACUCCUGGUCGGAAACCACAUUUGGUCCUGACCAUGCACCAUGCACUUUUCGACGGCUGGGCACUAGGGUUGAUCUUCGACCGCGUGAAACAGAACUUCGAUGAAAAUCCAGUACUGACUGGAACAUCGUUCAACUGCUUUGUCAAGUAUGUCCAAGAGGUGGAUCGUGAGCGGAUGAAUCAUUUCUGGACAGAGCAGUUGGACAAUGCUAGCGCGAUUGUGUUUCCAGCUCUGCCAGCAGCAAACUACCAGCCCACUCCCAAUGAUACUUUUGAGCGCAACAUUGAUUUUAAAAGAAGCGCAGGCUCACCUAUCACGGCUUCCACUCUUGUGCAAGCUGCAUGGUCCUUGACAGUUGCAGCGUAUGCCGAUUCGAAGGACAUCACCUUUGGGUCGACCGUAUUUGGUAGGGCUGCACCAAUCCCGGGAAUCGUGGAUAUGAUGGGUCCGACAGUGACUACUGUCCCCUUCCGCAUGCAAGUUUUCAAGGAUACUAAGCUGGGUACCUUCGUUCAGCAAGUGCAGAAUCAAUCAGCUAUGACAAUCCCCUAUGAACAAGCUGGAAUGUACCACAUCAAAAACUUGACAGCUGGGACACAGACGGCGUGCUCAUUUCAGACAGCCUUGUUGGUCCAACAUCUAAACACAGCGAGUGGCCUGGAAGCUCUUGGAUGUCGUCGCAUGAACGAAAUGCGCGAUGCCUAUCAACCUUACGCCCUGAACGUCGAGGUUGGUUUGCAGGACGAUGGGGCCGUACUAAGCGUUUUGUUCGACAAUAAUGUCAUAGACAAGCUCCAAGUCGGACGUAUCAUCAACAUGUUCAGCGAGACUCUCCGAAAGAUCAGCAUUGAAAGUUCCGAUGUCAUUCUCGAUGAUAUCAUGGCCAUCACUACCCACGAUAUCCAUGAGCUAAACACCUGGAACCAAGUUCCUCCGGAUCCAGUUCAAGAGGCUGUGCAUCAAGCUUUCAAUGAAAAAGUGUUACUCAACCCCAAAGCUCCAGCCAUUGCAUCCUGGGAUGGAGAUUUAACUUACGCCGAGCUGGACUUCCUAUCAAACAGACUGGCAGACCAUCUCCUUACUUUGGGCAUCAAAGUAGAGACGAUAGUGCCUUUACACUUCGAAAAGUCCAAAUGGGCAAUUGUCUCCAUGCUAGCUGUCCUGAAAGCUGGAGGGACAUGUCUGUCUUUUGAUGUGUCUCACCCACCUGAUCGUCUCCGUGACAUGGUGAAAGCAGUAGAUGCCAGGAUCAUGCUCGCCGGAAAAACGCCACCCUCUAAGGUUGUUGAUUGUGUCGAUCAAAUGAUCUCCGUCAAUGAAGAUCUUUUCGAAAUUCUCGGCCAUAGAGGUCUCAGACAGUUCAAGAAUGUAGCGCCACACAAUCGUGCAUUCAUUGUCUUCACUUCCGGGUCGACUGGGAGCCCGAAAGGAAUCGAGCUCGAACACCAGGCCGUCUGCACCAGUUCACGUGCCUAUGCUGCAGCAGUCAACAUCGGAACUGGCUCGCGUUGCCUUCAAUACUCCUCAUUUGCCUUUGAUGUUCAUAUUACCGACAUCUUCACAGCUUUGAUGUCCGGUGCAUGUUGCUGCAUCCCGUCCGAAGAAGAUCGCAUGAGCAAUCUGCCCCAGGCAAUGAACAACCUCGGCGUCAACCAUGUUGAUAUCACUCCAACAGUAGCAAGUCUGUUCAGGCCUGAAGAUGUACCUAAUCUGAAAAGCAUGGUUGUUGGUGGAGAGCCGGUGACAACUGAGACCGCUCGUCGCUGGGGCGAUCAAGUCAUGCUCGUCAACAUGUAUAGUCAGUCAGAAACCUCAAAUUGGGUUACCCACCACGUUGUUCGUGCGAACACACAACAGCCAUCUAAUAUUGGGCUAGGCGGUGGUGUGUGUACUUGGGUUGUUGAUCAACACAACGAUUCCCGAUUGGCCCCAAUUGGCUGCAUCGGAGAAUUGUUUGUCGAAGGUCCCGUUUUGGCUCGUGGUUAUUUGAAUGAUCCUGAAAAGACAGAAGCAUCCUUUGUCAUUGAUCCUCCGUGGCUGCCUACCGCGUCACCCCCAGGGAGGCGACUAUACCGGACUGGUGAUCUCGUUCGAUGUAAUAGCGACGGGACUCUGGUUUAUAUCGGUCGAAGGGAUGCACAGAUCAAACUCCACGGCCAGCGAUUAGAACUCACGGAAGUGGAUCACAAAAUGAUGGAGAUCUCACUGAUCCGGACUUGUCUGGCAGUACUGCCCAAGACUGGUCUCUGCCAAGGACGAUGCGUUGCUGUUCUCUCUCUUCGAGACUUUGAAGGAGAUGAAUCGGGGUUGCUGCGAAUGAUCGAUCCGUCUCAUCGUGUUGCAGUCUCCGCUCAGCUUGCAACCAUUCGCGAUCGCCUUUCAGAGUCACUGGCUAGGUGGAUGAUUCCAACUUUCUGGAUCGUUGUGGGAGACCUACCCACAAAUGUGAGCGGCAAGUUGGACCGCAACAAGGCUCGGUCAUUUGUGGAGAAUCUCAGCGAGGACGAUUUUCAACAAGCAUCAGAUCUCAUUGUCGAUAGCCAUUUCCAGGCACCUGAAGCUUCGAUGGAGAUAUUUCUGCAGGGUAUUUGGAGCUCAAUACUAAAGCUUCCUUUGGACCAAAUCAGCGCUGCAGCAUCCUUUCUGCGCCUUGGAGGAGAUUCUAUCACUGCGAUGCAGGUUGUGUCGAAGUGUCGGGCUGAGGGUGUGACGCUAUCAGUCCACGAUGUUCUCAUUAGCAAGUCGCUCUCGGAGCUUGCAAAUCUUGCAGACACAUCAUCCAAGCCAACAAACCUGGCAGGCAAGAUCGAAGAACAGAGUGUCCCUAACCCUCCUUCUGAAGGCAAGCUAACCACUCAGGGGACAGCCGUAUCUGACGGCUUGUACGAUAGCAUUUUCAAUCAGGCAUCUGUCAAGCCGCCAAACGUUGAGAGAGCAAUGCUAGCUUCUGACUACCAAGUUUCUGCAUUAGAGCAGAUGUUACUCAGCUUCCGCGGUGACCUGACGUACCACACAUUUGACAUCCCUAAACCAGUCGACUGGACUCGCCUAGCCUUGUCCUGCGUGGAACUCGUCAAUUGCCAUCCACUUUUGCGCAGUGUCUUUGUUUCUCACAAGCGCCAGUUGUACCAAGUCAUCCUGAGAUCAAGUUUCGUGGACCUAACAGACAGGGUUGAUCAGCCUGAACUUGCUACAUUGAUCGAAGAUGACCGAAAACUAAAAUUCUGCCUUGGGCAACCUAUGGUCUGGUUCAAGCUCGUUCGAAGGGACUAUCCGCAUAACUGUGAAUCUUUUGUGAUGCGCCUUCCCCAUUGCUUGUAUGACGCACCCACACUGGCUUCCUUGGUCUCCGACCUAGAGCAGGCAUAUUUCAACACCAACACUCUUAAACAACCAGUUGACAUUUCACCUUAUAUCACCUAUCGGGACAAAUUACUCCCCAAAGCCUUGAGCUAUUGGCGCCAGUAUCUUGAAGGAAGCACUGCGAGUCAGAUAUUCCACAUUCAUUCCCUGAAAGCUUAUGGUAUCACUUCCGCAACAGUAGUCAAGGCUGCAUGGGGUUUUCUCUUGACUGAGCUUUGUGGACAAGAUGAUGUCGUUUUCGGCGAGCUUGUGAGCGGUCGCGGCCUGGCUGUGUCGGGGAUCGAAUCUCUGGAUAUUGUCUGCGCGUCGACGGUCCCACUACGUGUGAAGCUCGACUCCUCGUGGACAGUCCUUGAUCUUCUUGAAAGUGUUCAAGAGCGGCAGCUUGCCAGCAUGCCAUUUGAGUUUGCGGGAUCGAUCGUGAAGGAGUGUACAUCUUGGCCGAGAUGGUCCCGCUUUGGCUCUGUGAUCAAUCACAUUCCAUUACCAGCAACAAAUUACGUCGAAGACAAGACGUUCAAAUCAACUGGGAUUCAUGGGAACCUGAAUCCAAGUUCAGAUCUGAACAUCCAGAGCCAUCCUCUUCACGUUACGUCGGAGUUGGACCCCAACUUCCAAGUCCAGAUUACCUUCGAUGAGGAUCACAUAACUCCUGUACUUGUGGACAAAGCGCUGCACCGCUUCUGCGGGAUCAUCCGCCUUUUCACCACUGACGUGACCUCAUCUCUGGGCAGCUUGAGGGAAGGCCCGAUCGACGGCUACAUUCUGCCAUACAGUUGCAACAAUGCGCCCCUUAACGGGUCCGAAGCGGUCGUGGAUUUUGUCCCAUCAACCGACAAGAAAGCUGAGAAAACAUUGAAGACGGUGCGAUCUGUCUGGGAGACCGUUAUCGGCCAGAGUGACGAGAUGGACAUACCAUUCUUUGCCUAUUGGGGGGCUCUCAUAGCUGCAGCCCAUUUCGUAGUGGCAUAUCAGCAAGUUGGCUUUGAUCUCACAAUGGAGGAUAUUCUCAAAUCUCCGACUAUUCGGGCUCAGGUUAAUUUAUGUGCGAAUAAUUGA